AUGAGCAACCGUUCAAUGAAGCAAUACGUGCGUGCCGCACAAUUUCCUCAGGUAUUCAGCAUAGAGGUGAAUCGGCACCAUGAAAUACCGAAAGUUCACUGGGAACCAAUCACAUUUUGCAAAGAGGAGGAAGAGGGAGUCCUCAAUCCCCACGACGACCCGAUGAUCAUCCGAGCAGAAAUUGCCGACUACGAUGUAGGACGGGUACUGAUCGAUACCAGAAGCUCCGUGAGCGUGAUUUUUGCCGAAGCCUUCCGAGAAAUGGGAAUAAACGACAGCCAGGUCAACCGGCAAUUGACCCCUCUAUUAAGUUUCUCUGGGGAUCUGGUCCAACCAGUCGGUAGUGUAAAACUGCCAAUUACCUUCGACACCGCACCAAGAAAAAUAACGGUAUACGAUCAUUUCCUGAUCGUUGAUUGCCCGACAGCGUACAGCGUUAUAGUUGGACGAACGGCACUCACCAGGGUCAAGGCACAUCUUUCCCCCAACAUGCUAUUGAUGAAGUUCCCGACCCCCAACGGCACAGGGGCUGUCCGGGGAAAUCAGUUAAGCGCGCGGACUUGCUACGCCACGGCCCUCAAGUCAACCUCUUUUAAACUCUCCGACGAGACCAUGUCUGUACAAGGAGUACCGAACGGUACAGGACCAGUUGACGACCCAAGAGAUGAGUCCCCGACUCCUCACACACAACCUGUCGAAGAACUGGAGACGAUAACCUUGAACGAAGAGCAGCCCGAUCGUCGGGUUAGAAUCGGCACCAGACUCACCCCUGCCCUCCGAACGCAGUUCAUAGACUUCUUACGGCACCAUUCGGAAGUGUUCGCGUGGUCCUACGAAGAUAUGCCCGGCAUAGACCCUGAGAUCAUCAGCCAUAAACUCAGCAUUUCCCCCGCUUAUAAGCCUGUAAGACAUAAGCGCCGUUCGUAUGAUGCCGAACGAUACGGAGCCAUGCGCACAGAGGUUGACAAACUUCAAACUAUCGGCUUCAUCAGGGAGGCUACAUAUCCAGUAUGGUUGACAAAUUCGGUAAUGGUCCGAAAAGCCACAAGCGGGUGGCGAAUGUGCCAAGACUAUACCAAUCUGAACAAGGCUUGCCCGAAGGACAGCUUUUCGUUGCCAAGGAUAGACCAGCUCGUGGACGCCACCGCCGGACACGAACUGCUCAGCUUCAUAGACGCCUAUUCGGGAUACAAUCAGAUAUUCAUGCACCCUUCCGACAGCGAACACACCGCCUUCAUAACGGACAGGGGGUUAUACUGUUACAAUGUCAUGCCGUUCGGCCUAAAGAACGCGGGGGCAACGUAUCAGAGGCUUGUCAACAGAAUUUUCGCCAAGUACAUCGGGAGCAUCAUGGAGGUUUACGUCGAUGACAUGUUGGUAAAGAGCAAAACCGCCGAAGGCCACCUGCACAAUUUAUCGAUCAUGUUCGGCAUACUAAAAGACUACCGGAUGAGACUCAACCCGAUGAAAUGCGCCUUCGGUGUGUCCUCCGGAAAAUUCCUCGAUUUCAUGAUCAGUCAGAGGGGGAUCGAAGCGAAUCCCGAAAAGAUAAAGGCAAUAAUCGACAUGGAGAGACCGAAGACGACAAAAGACAUUCAGAGCCUUACCGGACGCGUAGCCGCUUUGACCCGCUUCAUAUCGAAGGCUACUGACAAAUGCGUACCGUUCUUCAAAGCCUUGAAAGGGGGCAAACAGAAUAUCAUAUGGACUGCCGAAUGUGACAAAGCGUUUCAAGACUUAAAGGACUACAUGGGCAAAGCACCCCUUUUAUCAAAACCACUACCUGGGGAGAUUCUCUCCCUAUACCUUUCGGUAUCUAGCACUGCCGUCAGUUCGAUAUUGAUUCGAAAACCGGAAAAAGCAGAGCUACCGAUUUUCUAUGUCAGUAAGGCACUCCAAAGUGCUGAACUUCGGUAUCCCCCAUUAGAACAGCUUGCACUAGCCCUUGUGGUCUCGGCACGAAGACUUCGGCCAUACUUUCAAGCGCACGGAAUCAAAGUCCUGACUAACCAACCGCUCCGGCCCGCCGAAAAGGGUCAGGCUAUUUCCGAUUUCAUCUCCGAACUCACCCCAUCAAUAGCACAGCCGACACCCGAGCCGGUAAUCGAGACCGGAUUGCCGGAGGAACUGGACGCCGAACACUUUGAUGUCUCAACUCCCGUAUGGAUUCUGCACGUUGACGGCUCGGCAAACCAACAAGGGUGCGGAGCAGGCUUGGUACUGACAACACCGGACGGACUCAAGAUCGAGUACGCCCUCCGAUUCGACUUCCGAACCUCCAACAAUGAAGCGGAAUAUGAAGCUCUCUUGGCCGGCCUUCGGUUAGCCAAGAGCAUGAAUGCCAAACAAAUCAGAAUUCACAGUGACUCCCAGCUCAUUGUGAACCAGGUAACGGCAGACUUCGCGGCCAGAGACGCCUCCAUGCACGCCUACCUUUCGUCUACCCAUCAGCUGCUCCAAAGCUUCCGAGCCUACGAGAUCAAGCAGAUCCCCAGAACCGAAAACAGCCAUGCCGAUGCAUUGGCACGUCUGGCUUCGGCAAUCAACGACAAAAUCGGAAGAAAGGUGCCAGUAGAAAUUCUUGCCCAACCGAGCACGGUAGCCUUCGAAACAUGUACCGUACGGUACGAAGAUACAUGGAUGUCUCCUAUCUACUCGUACCUGACCAAUGGCACCCUUCCAGAAGACAAGGCCCGGGCCCGAAAGCUUAGGUACUGA